AUGGGUGCCUAUAAGUACAUGCAGGAGAUAUGGCGCAAAAAGCAGUCUGAUGCUAUGCGCUAUCUUCUCCGUAUCCGUACAUGGCAGUACAGGCAGCUUUCUGCCGUUCAUCGAGUCAGCCGUCCAACCAGACCCGAAAAAGCUCGUCGUAUGGGUUAUCGGGCCAAACAAGGCUACGUAAUCUACCGUGUUCGCGUCCGCCGUGGUAACCGAAAGCGUCCAGUCACUAAGGGUCAGACUUACGGAAAGCCCAAGACACACGGAGUAAAUGAACUCAAAUUCGCUCGAUCAAAGCAAGCAAUCGCUGAGACAUAG